GACAAUCAUCUUACUUUGGCAAUCUCAUCCUCGAUUAUCAAACUGAAGUCAUUGGAGAAAGAUUCAUUACCGUUCCACAGAUCAAACAGACAAGUCCAUUUCUUGAGAGCGAGGAUUCAUCUGCUCCAUGAGUAGAACUAGAUUCACGUCAUCCCACGGUUGAUAUUCUUGUAAACUUCACUUCAUUGCCUCCUAUCCGAGCGGAAGCGGGAGAACCCCCAUUCGUCGUACGGUAAUCGUUGACAACCCUCAAGAUAUGAAUGACAUAUUUGGAUUUGUCAAAAGCGUUGGAAAAAGUAUCUUUAGCCCGGGAAGUAACAGCUCAGAGAACAGCAAAACACCGUCGUCACCCAGGGACGAGGGGAAUAAUUCGAGUGACAACUUACAAGCCGAAACAACGUCGCCCAUGCGUGGACCAGCUCAUAUUCCCGGCAUCACUGUUCCGCUGAGCAGCCAGAAAGUAUUGAAGACUAAUGAAUCUCCUGUUAUUGGUCUUGUAUCGACAAAAGACCAAGUCAUUGGCGGUGAUGGACGUUGCGAUGGGAAGGAAGAUACGGGACGUGCGUUGAGGAUCCACGGUCGGUCUCUCGAAGCCAACUUAAAAACAAUACGGAAAGAAUCUUCGGCAGAACGCUGUAACGUCACGGAUCUAAAACCAACGCCAUCGCCAUCCACAAAAUCGCCUUCCUUGGCAACAUCCGACACUUCCAACGUCUAUUUCGAUGAGGAGGGGGGGAACGGUGAAGGAAAGGAGAACGCAGCAGCUACGACAUCAGUCACCACCACGUCGGUUACAAUAAUAUCAAAACCAUUUGAAGAUCCAUUGGAGACCUCGACCGUCACGUUUGGAAACACGACAGACCCAAAAUCAUCGCUGUUGGCGUCUACAAAGCCACCACCAUCUGCGACGACGACAGGCGUUUCACAAAAGAGACGCAGGCAAUUAUUUAUGAACGAUGGUCGCGUGAGCGCGUUCUUAUCAUCAUCGCCAUCAUCGUCCUCUAAUGGUAUCAGGGUCGAGAAUCAGCACGAUAAAGAAGGAAAGAAACAUCCUCCUCAGCAUACAUCGAAGGAAAUAAUCAGCAUUUCGAGGUCAACACUACGACUUCCUCGGAACGAAACUAUCCAUGGAGACGUCUUUGCUUUCCCUGGUGUUGAGGAGGGAAAAGAUCAGCAGCAGCGACUAGGGAAAAGGCGCGAUCCAUCUCCAGAUGUUUCAAUUGCUAGCAAAACCAGUAAAAGACCGCGAAAUGAUGAUAGUUUAAAGAGUUUGGAAGAAUCGAUCAAGUCUGGAGGGCCUGAAGAAAAUGAUUUGAAUAGUGACAAAGACGAUAAACCUUCCGUGGAUGAUCCUGUGUCGGGGCCUGAGAAAACCCAACAUUUACCAAAAGUGGCCGAAGAAAAGGAAGCACAAGUUCAAUCACCUGAAAAAAUUGUUCCCGAAUUUAGGCUACCUCCGGAAUUAGUUCCUUUCAAUAAUCCAGGCGUCUGCGACUAUGGUGUAAUUCGCACUUCGCGUCUGCGCAAUCGUACAAAGAAAGCAGAUACUCCAGAAGAUAUCCUGUACCAAAACAUCCAGGGUCAGCGUAGGUGCAGAGCCACGAAGGAUGGGCUUGCCAUGACAGGUGAUUUGGUUGUCAGCAAUCGCUGUUUGAAUUGUGCCGAGGGUGUCUUCAAGUAUUGCCACAAUCACCGUGAACUCGACCCGGACCAGAAGCUGUACUGGGAAAGAAGAAAAAGUACGAACGCAAAUAGUAAUAGCUGUGGGAAGUCAUGGUCGACAGUAAAAUCGAAUCGGAAGACAAAAAUGAAAAAAAAAAUGCCAACGUCAGCCAGGACGAAAGAAGAACUUUCAAUCAAAGGUUCGGAAGCAAACUCAUCGCACGUAAUUAACAAUCUCAAGCAGUGUGUCUACAUUGUAGGGAAAGGGAGGCAGCUAAAGCGGUGCAUGCGAAACUCUUUGAAUACACAUCCUGGAUUUUGCGCAUGGCACUAUGGUAGUGCACCGCCGCAUCAAGGUGACAAAUUUUUCCAAGAGGAACCAAGUACGAUGCGCUGCAUCGGCAUUACGAAGGCGGGUACCCAGUGUAGGUACAAAGCAUUGAAUAGAUCCGUCUUUUGUUGCAAACACAUCAAUUUUCCUCCUGAAAAAGUCUCCUCGGCUGAAAUCUUGCCUGAGAAGAAAUUAAAGUAUGGAGAUAGGGCUAACCAGAGUUCAAGUGAAAGAUUGGGUUCGAUAACAGGUAUGUGUCCUGUAGAUCUUUUUCUGUCAAAGGUCGUGUGUGCCCUGAUUGAGUAUAUCGUUAGUACUAUUUCUGCGACCAAUCCAGUCAAUGUUAAAUUCUUUCUUCUUCUCUACCGAUUCAGGAUCAGCGAAGCUUUCGAAGGGGAGAACGGGGGGGGGAAAUAAUGCAGCGCUCUCGAAAAAUAGCGAAUGUGAUUCAACAACGAAUUCCAGAAGUUUUUUCUCCGGAAGUGGUAAAGUUCCGAAAAACAUAGAAUUCAAAAGAGAAAUCAAAAUUUCAACGCACAAACUUGAACUAGCCACUUCAGCUGAAGAAAGGUGCAACUUCAUCUAUAACUCCAAGCGGUGCUCUUACAAAUGCAUGGAAGACUCUGCUAUUUGUUUCAAGUGCCGGCAGUGCCACGAGGAAAAGAUGCCGUGCAAUCACAUUCUUGAAGAAACUGCAAAUGAUAAAAAAAAGAUUUUCCCAUCGUAUCAAUGCUUCAGUGUUAAAAACAGAGUUCAAUGUCAAGAAGACGCAAUUGAAGGAAAGAUUUUCUGCGUUGAAUGUUUUCGGUUGUUCAGUAGAAAACAUCCAUCUACAUUUGACCUGUCCGAGAACUCUGGUAGGUCUGAGACGGAAGAAGAUUCGUCCAGUUGUUGCUCAAGCGACACAGAAACAUCCUUUGGCGAUUCUGACAACUCUGAACACUCCAAUGGAAGCGAUGAUUACGACAGUUACUGCACAGCGUACACCCACCAACAAUUUUUCAAUAUGUGGAAGAACUUUGAAAGAAAAACCGAAAGAAUGGAUGAAAUCGAAGAUACAAAAUUGAUAAAAAGAGCAAAUAAUACGAUCGAUCCCACCGACACUGACGGGCAGGUAAAGGCUCAGUAUGGAAGGGUUCUGCCGCACGCAAUGAAGAAAUUGAUGAAGAUUCUUGAACUUGGGCCUGAUGAUAUAUUUCUUGACAUAGGGCACGGUGUAGGAAAUACGUGCCUACAUGCUUCGUUUUGCAUUGGAUGUGAUUCACGGGGAAUUGAGGUUGUAUCUGACCGGCACGAAAUUGCCGAAAAAUUUCGUGGAGGCAUGUACGCCGAACACAAAGGAGCGGUGGUUUCCCGUCCAAAGGUAGGAAGCGUGGAUCUGCGGCUCGGGCGAUUGGAGGAUCCGAGCCAAAAAGAUUUCUUGACGAAGGGAGUUACACGCGCCUACGUUAACAAUUUCAAUGGUGUCUUCGCGGAACGUUCUAGCAAAAACAACGACAAGUGGUUUCUCGAUGACUACAUUGCUGGGCUUUUUGCUUCGAUGGCUCCUGGUGCCAUCAUGGUCACUUUUCACCCGCUCAACCUCGGACUCAACAGGAGCAGCACAAACGAACUGAGGACUAGGCACGAGCUCGAGCAAAGCGAGUAUGCGUCGUAUUACCAUAGCGAAAAGAUUUUGCUAGGAAAAGCCUGGAACUCGGUAAAGUGGAACAAGCGAUCGGGAAACACAAACGAUAUAUACAUUUACAAGUAUAGGCGACUGGCCCAACCCAACCACGACGAUGCCGUAUUUUUGUGCUGCAAUCCUACGUGCAAACUCGCCAUCGAUAUGAAACCCAUACCAGCGACGACCCUGAACGAAGACGGUCGCUGCGUCAUUAAUCACUGUGAAUGCAGGUUUUCGCCCAAGAAUCUUCGCAAGCGCAACAGUAAAUGAGUUUGUUCGCCGCAGGAAAGUGGGCCGAACAGGACAGAGCUAGAGAGAUCUCGGCUUCGAUUGUAUGAAGAAAAUAGAAAUCACAAAAUAAUAUCAUGAGCAAAAUGCUAUCUAACACCAGUCGCUCAACGGACAUGUCUCGAAAUGGUCUCGAUCUCAACCGUGUACUUAUGCUUAAUAUACUUCCAUAGUUUUG